GAGAGUACGAUACCAAAAUGGCGGCCUCCACUAAAUAUAGAUUUUAUAUUUACUUAAUAUAAAUAUAAUUAUGAAUGAUUUGAAUAAGUUUCGAGAAGAAUGGUUACGCGAAUUAGAAAACCGUUCCGACGUUUUCAAAGCUCCCAAAGAAGAAAACGUUCGUCAAAAUAAUUUGCAGUGCUUUGAGAAGUCCAAAUAUGAAUCUCGAGCAUUUCAAUUAGCUCAUUGUCUGUUACGAGGAGAACAUUUGUCUGAUGACGACAUUUAUCAAACCGGUAAACGAGAAAAUUGCCAUGAAAUAAUAUCAGAUUGUCCCAUGAAGAAAGCGAAGACACUUGUUGAUACUUUGAUCAAAGAUCUUGAUGAAAUCAAUGAAAUUCCAUUUUUUGAUAUUUCAUUGCCUCGAGAAAUUGCUCUGAAAAUAUUCUUUCAUCUUGAUGUUGUAGAUCUAUGUCGCUGUGCACAGGUCAGUCGAAGUUGGAAAAGUCUUGCAGAAGAUGAACUUUUAUGGUACAAUAUAUCAUGUGAACUUGGUUUUCAGAAAGGAUUAACAUCUGAAGUAAGCAAAUGGAAAAAAGAAGUAACACAUGCCAUUCAAGCAGAGAAAAAGAUUCGAAGCAAUUGGAAGAAUAGAAUUGGAAGACUUUAUGAAAUGGAAGAUGUUAGAUCUGGAAUAUUGUCUGCUGUUCAUUCCUUCCAGGAAUAUAUUGUUGCUGGCUAUUCUACUGGAAAAGUUUGUUUGUGGGAUUUUAGAAAUGAUGCAAAACAAGAAAAGAAAACUAUUUUUGAUCCAGUUAAUCAUCAGUCAAAUGCAAUGAGUAAUCAUAACAGUAAUCGAAAAAAUUCAGUUUGCAGUUUAUCUAUAUCAUCAGAUAUUGCAGUCAUUGGCUAUGAACAAGGACAAGCAUAUGUUUUGUCAAACAAGAAUAAUUCAUCUCUUCUUGAAUCAUAUAACUUAACAUUACCAAUAACAUCUGUUGUUACGGAUUGCUCUGUUAAUGCUGUUGGAAUUUGUAGCAGUAACAAGUGCAUCAUGAUUAAUACCAUUGGUGGAAUAUGUAAUUUUCAAAAAUUAUACAACUAUUCAACAAAAGUAAAUUAUUUGAGCUUUAUACCAUCAGAAUAUGCUAUAACUGCUGUUAUAUCACGUGAUGAUGUUAUUCAUUUUCAAAAACUUAAUCAAUCAGAAGAUGAGGAGGCAUUGAUAAUUCAUCAUUUAAUAGGUUCUUUUGUGUCAUGUUUAGAUGUUUCUAAUGAUUUAAUUGCAGCUGGUCUAACAAGUAGUACUGGAUAUAAUAUUUAUCAGGUAUCACUUUUCACUACAGACAAUGGAAGAUUAUUUGGAAUACUUUCUGAUCAUCUUGGUCAAAUUUUAAGUUUAAACCUUAGGAAAAGUCCAGAUAAUCUUAUUGCAACUGGAUGUAGAGAUAAGAGAGUAAGAGUAUUUGAUUUGAGAACACUUCAUCCUGAGAUCAGUAUAAGUGCCCAUUCAUAUGGAGUAUCUUGUGUUGAAAUGGAUAAUUAUCAUAUUGUUACUGGUGGCGAUGAAGGUCUUGUUUGUAUUUGGGACAUACGAACAAAAUCUAAAUUGUGGGAAAUGUAUAACAG